UUAUAACUCUAUCUAUCUGUUCCCUCUGGUGCUCACAAACCUCUCACCACCACUGAGAUAUUAUUGCACUGUGACUUAUUUGCAUAAGGAGACAUCAAAAUAUUGUGGCUGUUGUUUUUUAAGGGGCUGAAGUGAUAUUUUUAACUCCAGCUGAGCUAAUCUGCUGUCAGCUGCUUGCUGUUUCUGAAUUAUUUAAAUAUAAAAAAAUCCCCUCUGUGACCUUUCCCUCCGAGUACUUUUUGUGUAAACCAGCGUGGUUAGAUUUUCUAAAUAAGUCCGUGUAAUAUUAGUUCUUAGCUGGAACUCUGUCCACUUGCGCUGCCCAACCCACAGAUAUGGUUUAAAGUGGGAAACAUUUGCAUCAAAUUUGUCUUUUAAUACUUUUUAAUAUUUGUACAAAUGUUUGCUGUCACCUGAUUUCAGUGAUAAGCGCAGUAAUGUGUAUGCGUUAGUCAUACUUCACCUGUUCGUGCACGGUGACUGGUGACUUGGCACCGUCCACUUCUGGAGGAAGUAGUGCCAAGGUGGAGACAGAAAUGGAGUGAGUGGAGCUCAGUGGGACCCGGGGCGAGCACAUGUCUUUCACAUGAGCCAAAACACCCAUGGAACUGUGAGAAAAAGACACGAAACGGCUUGACCGCACUCUGUCUUCCCUGUGUCCUCAACGCCCUUUAACCUGGAAACUAAGUUGGAGAAAGCUCAGGCGAGGUCUCGUACGCGGAGGCAGAUCGCGUUGGGGCGAGAUUGGUUUAGAUAAAGCGAGGCCACAGACCUUUAACCCCUACGAGGGCCAGAUCACAGCUCAGGAUCCUCAAGAAGGGUCCUGUUGAGCGUGUCCUUUCUUUGCAACAUGGCAGUUUUUUUUUGUCUCCACCUGUUUAAAUUUUUUAAAAGGCCGUUGUACGUAUGGUUCUCCAUCUUUGCACCCCGUCCUUCCCAGUCUUCGGUCUGCUUCUGUCAGCCCAACGCUCGCCUGUGAGUAGCCUACUGUACCAUCCAAGAUGGAGGCGAGAACCAGAGGUCACACAGACUGUCCCAUUGUCCUUCAGAGGUAGCCGUGGUGGGUGGCCGUGGAGGCAGGAGACUGCUGACCAUCUGAAUUGUCCUGUUGGCAAACCUGCGGCAGACUGGAGAGGCACUAACAGAUGGCAGGAGGGUGAGGGCACCAUGGUUGGGCGCUCGAGCAGGCAUCCCAGCCGGCACCUGUCCCAUAUGGGUUUCACCAAGCCGAGAGAUGCGGGCGGGGUGGCGGCGUGGAAAGACACGACGAGAGCUUUAAGUAAAGACGGGAGCGUGGACACGAUGACAGUGGCUUUCCACGGACUGCAGCUGAAGAUCAAGAGGGAGCUGCACAGCCCGUGUUCAGAGCUGAGCUCCAACUGUAGUCAGGAACGGCCCUUCAAGCUCCAGUAUGGAGAGAAGUGCCCGUACAGCGUCAGUGCCUAUGAGCAGAAGCAGCCUGCAGGAAUGAAGCCCUCCAGCCCAGUGACGCCCCCCUGUAGCACCCCCGUGUCCCCGCUCCACCAUGCCUCCCCCACAGCGGCGCCGACGCCCAAGCCCGACAGGACCUACGUCCACAUACCGCCCUCGCAGCCGCUCCCUGAUAGCGCCUACUCCAUGGACCACAGGUUUCGCCGUCAGCUGUCCGAGCCUUGCCACUCGUUCCCCUCCCCGCCGACGAUGGCCCGGGACGGCCGGCCCAUUUACCACAGGCAGAUGUCGGAGCCCAACAUCCCCUUCCCUCCUCAAGGGUUCAAACAGGAGUUUCCUGACCCGCUGUUCGAACACCCGGCUAUGAUGGGGGCGCCGCUGCCCCACACGUACCCGGCCGCCAUGAUGAUAAAGCAGGAGCCGAGGGACUUCACCUACGACUCAGCAGAAGUGCCUAGCUGCCAUUCUGUCUACCUACGGCAGGACGGCUAUCUGGCCCACAGCAACAGGACUGAAGGUUGUAUGUUCGACAAGGUGGCGAGGCAUUUUUACGACGACACCUGCGUGGUUCCGGAAAAGGUGGAAGGUGACAUCAAGCAGGAGUCGGGCCUGUACCGCGAGGGCCCGUCCUACCAGCGCAGGGGGUCCCUGCAGCUCUGGCAGUUCCUGGUGGCGCUGCUGGACGACCCGUCCAACUCGCACUUCAUCGCCUGGACCGGACGCGGCAUGGAGUUCAAGCUCAUCGAGCCCGAGGAGGUGGCGCGUCGAUGGGGGAUACAGAAGAACCGGCCGGCGAUGAAUUACGACAAGCUCAGCCGCUCGUUGCGCUACUACUACGAGAAGGGAAUCAUGCAGAAGGUGGCCGGCGAGAGAUACGUCUACAAGUUCGUGUGCGACCCCGAGGCCUUGUUCUCCAUGGCGUUCCCCGACAAUCAGCGGCCAGUGCUGAAGACGGACAUGGAGCGGCAAAUAAACGAGGAGGACACGGUGCCGCUGUCGCACUUCGACGAGAACAUGGCGUACGUGCAGGAGGGGCCCUACUGCCAGCCGCACCCCUACAGCGAGGGCUACGUUUAUUAGCGGCCACGCGCCCCACCAGACCCGAACCUCCGCUGUGUCCUCGCUCCCCCACCUCCUCCUCUGUCCAUGCACCUGAGACUGUCACGUCCUCGACUUCGCUCCAGGACUGAGACUGAACACACACCUGCAGAGGAGCUCCUCUCCUCUGUGUCCCACAUAAACACACACCCCUAUGUUUGCUCUUGUCUUGCUGACGUCCACGCCGCCCAGCAGGAUGGAGAGUGCACUUUAUGGACAGGAGGCGCGGUGUCAACCUGCCGGGGGCUUAGUCGUGCGGGCGGCUUUUCCAGUUGUUAUGUUUGUACAUUAUUGUGGGAAUCAUUCUGUUUGUUUUGUUGGGUUAGGUUUACAUUCUUAUGCUUUUGAGCAUGCGGCGGGACAGGACUCUAACGCUAAUUUUGUUCACCCGAGGACAGAAGGUCACCUGUGCACACACGCAGCCAGUCGAGGGACGGCCGCUUUCGUCCGACUCCCAGCCUCAAACAGCCGUCAUGUAGUUUCAUGUUCAUACUGGCGAUGUAUUGUGCCGAAACUUUAUGGUGAAAUAACUUGGAAAAAGUAACGUGAUCGUAAAAAGAGACAUUUAGCUGCCAUCAGUGACAACUGCCGCCGCCGCCGUUAAGGACGAGGCGCCGACGCAUCGCGUGGGCGCCUGCGCUCCAGUGGAUCAAUCUGUCAGCGGCCAGCACAAACCUCACGGGUUAGCGGAGACGAGACGCUGGCUGACACGCGGAGGCACGCCGAGUGUUCCCACGGACUUUCCCACGCCGCACGUCGACGGCCUGCGUGUAGAAUAAUCAAUAAAGCUGCAGGCUGCUGUAAAGUAACUCGUUCACUGGAAGCAGCGGUGUUUCCUUUGUAUUCUGAAACGCGUCAGUCACUCAUUUGUCAUUCAGGUGAAAGUGUAUGUACAGUUAAAGUGGAUCCAGCAAUCAGCACACGAGGAUAAUGUUUGCAUCCCCAAAUAAAAAGACAAAGACGUUAUUUCAUUGGCUUAAAGAAUAAAAGGCUAAAUCAUGCAUUGAAUAAAA